AUGAACCACUGGCGACCCUCCACCAGUGGCCAGAGAUGGAAGAGAAGGGCAGACGCCGAGCCACUCACCGAGGAACGUCACCAUACCAAGGUUCAGUCCGGCGUCAAGCUUGGCCCAAAGUUGUAA